AGAAUGUUGUUGUUGGCGGAUAUUACAUGCGUGCAUGAGGUACGGGAAAUCAGUGAGAAGCACCGACUGUAAAGGAGACGUCUCAGUCCCAAACAAGGAACGUAUUCGAGGGCGUGUGAUAUGCUUAGGUGUCGGGUGUCUGAGAUAUAAAUACGCCGCCAAUUAAAGCAGUUCUUAUAAAGGUACAGCUAUAUCAUACUUGUACUUUGGCUCUUUCGGCAAGAAUUUUGCUGACCGAAGUUCGACGUCUUAUUCAGAUUGCCUUCUUCAGGGUAAAAUAACAGUUAUAAUGCUCACUUUCUGUGUUGGUUUACGUAGUUUACAUUACCGACGUUGGACGUCUUAUUCAGGCUGUCUUUAUCAGGGUAACAGCAGUUUCUUCUAAUGCUCACUUUUUGUGCUGGUUUAGGACGUUAGAAACUAGGUCAGAGUGGAAUGAAUAUACCGUGAAUAUUAUACACAUCACGAUGAACUUCAACGAAACUAAUGCGAACUUAGAAUUCUGCAACAACACUACCCCAAGAUCGUUGUCAAUAGCAGAAGCUGUAGCUUGUGUUAUAUCGGUAUUUACUGUCGUGGAAAAUAUGAUCAUUCUACUCGCGAUAAUCAAAGGGCCCGUAAGCCUACGGAAGCCGCCAUAUUGGUUUAUUGCUAGUCUUGCGAGCGCCGAUUUGCUGUCGGGAAUUGAGGUGAUUCUCGCGAUAUUUCUGCCGGUUGGUUCAUCACCACUGUCACGGGUAGCGUUAAAGGGCAUGGCAGUUGUAACUUUCAUCGCGUCAAUCAACAGUUUACUAUUGGUUUCAUUCGAUCGAUAUUUAAGGAUCGCUGAGCACGCGAAGUACAACAGAAUCUUAAGCAGAAAAGUUAUAAUUCUGUUGAUUGCAAUUUCGUGGGCUGUUUCUUUUAUUAUGUUCCUAAUAGUUCCUUUAGUUGGUUGGUCAUGUCAAGCAAACUAUUGCUGCAGAAAUAACGGUUUGUGCAUUUGUAAAGAGGCCGAGUCAAUAUGUGGCCAGUGUUCUCAGUCGUUUGAGCCAUUCACCAAGUCCUAUAUAGUAACUGGCGUCGUGUAUUUUCUACUCGCCGUGGUUAUAAUGACUGGCUUUUAUUCCGCCCUAUUCCGCAUCGUGAAGAAGAAAACUUUCGAAAGGCAUAAACACAGCAACCAUAAACGGGAGCUCGACCUUGCGAAAACGUUGGCAAUCACUUUAGGCAUCUUCGCGUUUUGCUGGUUGCCAGUAGUUGCAUUAUUCAUUGCGGAUAUCGUGAUAACGAAACCUGUCAAGUUACUACAGAAAGCUUUUGAUUACGCCCUGGUUCCAACGGUGAUAAACUCGCUGCUCAAUCCAAUCAUUUAUUCAAUUCGACUUCCAAAGAUGCGAGAAACAGCAAAGCGUGUUGUUAUGUGUGGACUUUUCAGUGGAUCAAUAUCUGGUUCACACUGGGCGUCCACUACUUCGUUAAAUAGAUCCGUGAGACGGAAGACGCAUUCAAAACCGAAGACAUCUUCGAGGGGUAGCAAGUCAAGUGAUUUGCUCAGCAACUGAUAUGCCGGCAUAUUCUUGAAAAUAUCUUGUUAAACUAUUUUUACACGCCGCCUAUUGAACGUGGCGUAAUACAUAUUAAUAUAUGGAGGUUA